AUGCAUCUGACUUCCUUUCAGCUUGUGGCUAAUGCAGCUCUCUUUGCCGCUGGCGUUAGUUGUCAAAGCAGCUUGACCGCAUCUUACAGUAACACCUUGCAAACAAUUACCGGUUUCGGUGUUUCUCAGGCCUUCGGGAGAGCUCAGGAAUUUUAUAACAUGAGCCCCACUCCACGGCAAAAAGGCCUAGAUUAUCUCUUCAGUACAACCACUGGGGCGGGGCUGACAAUUGUACGAAACCGAGUCGGUUCUGGAACAGUCGCAUCAGACAGUAUCCUGCCCAAGAGUCCGGGCUGCCCAACUUGCCAGCCUUCAUACUCUUGGGAUGGGGUCGAUCGUGGCCAGGUCUGGUUCAGCAAAGCAGCCCAGUCUUAUGGCGUGGAGACAUUUUACGCAGAUGCGUGGUCCGCACCCGGGUUCAUGAAGACAAACGGCGUAGAGACUGGCGGAGGAUAUUUGUGCGGUGUAACCAGCCGUACUUGUUCUAGCGGUGACUGGCGACAAGCAUACGCAAACAUGUUAGCACAGUAUGUCAAAUACUAUCAACAAGAGGGAGUUACCAUAACACACUUGGGCUUCCUCAAUGAACCUGACUACACGACAUCCUACUCCUCAAUGCUGUCGAAUGGAAAGGAGGCGGCCUCGUUUAUUCCGACUCUUCGAAACACGCUCAACAGUAAUGGGCUGAGUUCUGUGCAGCUCGCAUGCUGUGAUGCCGUGGGGUGGUCUUCUCAGCGGACGAUAACAACGGACCUUCUUUCGUCUGGUGUGCAAGGCCAGCUCGGCGUCAUUACAUCCCACACCUAUGGGAGCGACGUAGACGGAACUAUAAACACCAACGGCCUCCCCGUCUGGGUCACAGAAGCAGCUGAUCUGAACUCGGCCUGGUGUACGACUUGGUAUUCGAACGGCGGACUUUGCGAAGGUCUGACGUGGGCCAGGAGGAUAGCGACCGGUAUUGUCCCUGGAAACUUGUCAGCUUACAUCUAUUGGCAGGGCGUCGAGGUGAACCAAUUUCAGGCCGCUUCAUACCUCGUGGCGAGCGAUGGAACAAAUGUGACUCCCAGCGGUCGCCUCUGGGCGUUUGCAAUGUGGUCGAGAUACGUGCGCCCGGGAGCACGGAGACUCAGCACCACAGGGACGAUCACGAAUGUAAUCUGGGCUGCUCUCAGAAACACCGACGGAUCUGUUGUCGCAGUCUUCACCAACACAGGUGACAGUGCUCAGCGCGCCUCGCUAAGAAUCGAUGGAUACACCCCAAUUAAAGCUUCAGGCUGGAUUGUGAACAAUAACACUGGAAACAAUAUCGCAUCUCAACCGGUAUCUCUGAGCGGCGGUACUGCAGUCGUUUCCAUCCCAGCCUACUCUGUGGUCACGGUCGUGCUCAGUCAGUAG